AUACAAAAAGUUAUCCCGCCAAAACUCAUUACAAAUUGAAAUUCAAAUCAAAACGCUCUUUUUGUGCCACCAUCCUCCUUCUAACCGACGUUCCAGUUACUUUCCAUCGUCUGCCCUCAUCCUCCAAACAUGGCCAAAGCAAAUGCUAAGGAAAAAUCCACUUCCGCUGCUCUCCAUCCCCCCUAUUUCCAUAUGAUAUCGGACGCCAUUUCUACGCUGAACGAUCGCACGGGUUCCAGUCAGCAAGCAAUUUCCAAGUUCAUCGAGGACAAACACAAGUCACUGCUGCCCCCGAAUUUCAGGACACGGCUUUCUGUUCAACUCAAGAAGUUUGUCAAGUCGGAGAGGCUGUUCAAGGUGAAGAAUUCCUUCAAGAUCUCCUCCACGGAGAAAACCAGGACUGCCAAACCACGCAAGAAGGGCGCGACGCCUGAGCAGAAGGCUGCCAAGAAGAUCGCAGAGCAGGGGCUGAAGACCAAGAGGCUGAGUCACGUGAAGACGCCAGAGGCUCUCAAGAAGGCCCGCAAGGAUACUGCGAAGUCGAUAGCCUCGUCGGCUGGGAAUGACCGGAAAGUGAAGCGUCUGAGUCAGGUUAAGACUCCCGACGCAAUGAAGAAGAAGACCAAAAUUACCCCUGUGAAGAGGAAGACUACUUCCAUACCCAUUAAGUCUUCUAGGCCUGCGAAGAAGGCUAGGAAAUAGGUCAGUUCAGUAACUUUAGCCAUACUAUUCAUGAAGUGUGAGGCGUGCUGAUUAAAUAUUACGCAACGCUGUUGUGUUCUAGAUUUUCUUGAUUUGAUUCCCCUGCAGUAUAUGUUAAUGCUAUUCUGUUGUAAUAUCCUUGUGUGGGUGUUGACAAAUGAUGAUCACAGAUUCAUGGUGGUUGCAUCAGCA